AUGAGUAAAUCGAAUGGAUGGAAUCUUUUAGCGACGAUUCCCGAAAGCGACUCAGUGAGAUGUUCGGAAACGAAGUCGGGACGAGUUCGCGCCAAAACUGUCGCAGACCUUCGAAAUCGCGUGCAAGACGAACAACUUCGGACGAUUAUUCUCGACGUCUUAACUUCGUACCUGGCUCAGUUUUCCGAAUACAAUCAUAGUCUUUUCGGCAGACUGGGUCCCUUGCUAAGCGAGCUGAUAAAAGUUCGCGUUGAGGAAUGCAUCGAAGGGCCAUGUAAAAUAGUGUCGCAGGUUUAUAUCGGCGCUGUUGUUGGCGAAGGAAUCGAUGCCGCGACACAGUGUUUGUGGACUCCCAACUACGAUAAAUACGCCACAGCUAGUUACGGAACACAGUCCAUAUUUGCCAUGGGAAUAGUCUUCGCGGUGCAAGUAUAA